CUCACAAAAAGAGAGUUAUGGCAAAUAGUGAGAUGAAAAAUAUUGUUAUGAUUACAGUCAUGACUAUGGCAGUGAUUAUAUUUGGUUUGACAAAUGCCGGUGAUGCUCCUCCACCAACAAAAAAUCCCAUCGGGGAAAUCAUCUGCAUUGGCAAGUGUGCUUUCACCUGUAAAGAUCAAUUAAGUAAUUUUUCAGCUUAUCUAGCUUGUGUUGUAGGUUGUGGAUUAACGUGCCAAAACACAUUCUCUGAAGUUGCAUAUGAAUGUACAACAAGUUGUGCUUAUUCCAAGUCCAAUAAUGCUAAUAUUGAUGCUCGUAAUAUUAACGCAAUUGUGAAUUCUUGCAUGGAAACCUGCAAGAACAACUAAUAUAUUUUCUUCAUUUAUAUAUUGUAAUAAU